UUCUUAUCAAUGAGACUUGCCGCUGUCAACCCAAGAAUCGAUUUUAAUCUUGAUGCUCUCUUCGCUGUCGAAAGUGACUCCCAAACUUUGGAAAAUAACUUCACUGGCACCAUGAUAAUGCCGCCCUCAAUGUGGGUUGAAGAACAAGAAGAAGAAGAAGAAGAAGGGCAAGGUAAUAAAAACUGUCAGCAGCAGCUGUGGCACCAGCAUUGUGAUGAAUUUCAUCAAUCCAUGUGGACUAGGGAAGACAAUUGUAGCUUCAUUCCACCUGAGACCUCACCAUUAAGUUACGAUGAACCCACCGCUAAUUCUGGUGAGUUUCCUAUGCUUGAAAAUCCACUAAAAAUGGAGUUAUGAGAGCAAAAGCAAAGCGUUUUGCAGUACCUAGCUAGGCAGGCGUGUACAUAUAUGAAAAUACUCAUAGCGGUAGAUAGCGGCUGGGUUUCUGCGUUUCCUAGUUAAACAGAGAGCUGAACACUGGCGGUAAUAUCGGUGGCAGAGCGGUGGAGCUUAAGUUUAUGAUCUCUGUUGCACUAAACUUUGAAUGAAGUAUACUAAUGUACGUAGAAGAGCGGAACUGCCACUGUACCUGUGUUAUAUUUCGCUUGUUUUGUAUGGUUCAUUCACAAACAAAACUGAGACUAUCAUUUUAUUAUUAUAUUUAUCAAAAUGGUUCUCUUGACCUUAGAACCUCGGGUCAUAUUAUGACCCGGGGCCCAAAUAAUUAUUGUAGUCAAUC